AUGAGUUGGCUAUCUGUGAUUUUUUCUUAUUUUAUAAUAGCAUUUUUUAUGAUCCAUUAUGCUUUACCAAAUGAAGGAAUAUUCAAAUCCCGUAUGAUAAACCCAUUUCAGCAUAAGGCCAACAAAAAACGAAUUAUGAAUCAUAUCGGAGCAUUAUAUUACCUAAUAAAUGAAAUUAAAGCAAACAUAGAAGAUUUAAGUAAUGGGUAUAAUAAUUUUAUAAAAGCUGUAAAUUCAUCAAAAGAAAGAGAGGAACGAUUACUCAAUAUGAAUGAUUUAAAAACUGGAGAAUUUAUAAAUAAAAUGGAAAACCUAAAAAAAAUUUAUAAUAAAUUUAAAGACACGAGUGCAGAGAAUAUAGAAAAUAAUAAAAAUGAAUUCUAUCAAAGAUUGAAAAGUAAAAUGAAAGAAUUAUUUCCAAAUUCAAUAGCAGAAUUAAGAGGAAUAAGCAAGUAUAUAAAAUAUAUAAAUGUAAGCACAAUGAAUUUAAAUAAAAUGAUAACAAGCAUAUUUUCAAAAACUAUGCAUUUAUGUGAUGUAUAUGAAGAAAAUAUUAAUUACAUAUAUGAGAUUGGAAAAGAAUAUUAUAAAAAUAAAUUAAAUAAAUUAAGUAACAGUCUUAUACAUGAAUAUAAUGAAUAUAAUAAAACACUAAAUAUAUUUUCAAAUGAAAAAUAUAUAAACAAUUUUUCUGAUACUUUUUAUCUUGAAUUAUUAAAAAAAAGAUUAAAUGAUCCCAAAGAUAAAAUUGUAAUGAUGGAUGUAUCUUCAAUUUUAGAACAACAUACAUUUUAUGAGUUGUCUCAUUUUUUUAAUAUUUUUUUAAAAAAUUAUAAUAAAGGAUUUAUAAUAUAUGUAAUUAGUAGAAUAAAUGUUAAUUAUUAUAAUAAUAAAAUAAUUUUAAUUGAAUCACAAAAAUUAUUAAAGCUUAUAAAAUUUAUUAAAAAAAAUUAUAAUCAUUUAAAAAUUGAUUAUAUAGUUAUACACAUAUUUAAUAUGUAUAUAUCUGUAUUUAUAAAUUCAAAUGAAAUAUUAUAUCAUGUCAAUUAUGAUUUUUUUUAUGAUGGACAAUUAUUAAACGUAUAUAAUACUUAUAAUUAUGGUUACUUUUUUACAAAUCAAAAAAUUGACUAUGAAGAAUUUAAUAAAAAUGGCGAUCAUAUAUAUGUAUUUUAUGUUGGAAACAGAAUAGUAAAUGAUAAUUUCUUUAUACAUAAUAGACAUGAUAUGAUUGAAUAUAAAAAAUUAAGUUCAUAUAACAUUAUUAAAAACAAUAAAUACAACACUGUUUAUCCCUUUUUUAAUAUAUAUAUAUUAAAGCUUGAAUCAGAAUACAGCUUUUUAAAUCAGUUUUAUACCCAACAGCAUAAAUAUCUUUACAAAUUUUCUGUUCAUAACACUAAUGUUCUAUUGACCUACAAUUUGUUAAGCAACUUUACCAUACCAAAUGAGAAAUUCACUCCGCAUUUUAAAGAAGUGUAUAUUAUCAUAAUUUUGUAUCCCAGUAAAAAUUUAGACAACAUUUGCUGUGCAUUUAGUGAUUACAUUUUUAACGAUGGUAUAUAUAUACUAAGGAAAGAAGACGCAAAUGUCCUUGAGAUUUAUACAAGCGAUGACAAAUUAACAUUACUUGUUAAUAAUCAAACGAAAAAUUAUUCCAUAAAUCAGAAAAAAAAAAAAAAAAAAAAAAAAUCUGGAAAAUAG